AUGAAAUUCUCGUGGUACUUGUUACCACUCUAUGCUGCAUUGGUACUAGCUCAGGGACCAGUGGCUACUGAGCCCAAGAUUUUUUUCUUAGGCACCAUGGGCGGUAUUUCUCAUACUGCUUGGGUCAUUGAAAUUUUAGACUUGGUGCGCACUCGAGGCUACAAUGUGUCCUAUGUCAGUUACCAGGCCAAUCAAAAAUACAUUAAGAAUUACCCCGAGGUCGGCUUCAUUCCUUUGCAAGAUCCCAACACAUCCGUUCAUUUCAAUGAUUUCUUUGAUCUCGAACAAGCUUAUUCCAAGAAGGUUGUGGCCGCUUUGACGUCGUAUUUCAAAGAUACCUUUGCAGACCAGCUGAGCGAAUUCAUCCAUCUUAUGAACACGGAAAAACCCGAUGUCAUGAUGUGUGACCACACUGCUAUUGCCUGUAUGGAUGCUGCCCAUCAUCUCAAUAUUACGGUGGUGCUGACAUCGACAGUGAAAGUACGAGAUGAGCCCCCAGAUCAGUUCUCUGACGUGACCACGCUUGACUCGGAUAUAGUCAGCCAUAGCUAUGUAACCAGACUGAUCGCAUCCUACCGGUAUAUUCGAGAAAGGCUUCGUAUUCUCUUAGGCAUUUGGCCACUUGACAUUGAAUUAAAAAGGAUUCGAAGACAAGUGAAAGUUGAAAAGUUAAGAUAUGUGGCUCCAAAUUCUGGUGCAGUCAAGCUGGUCAACCAAAUGUUCCCGCUUGAAAAUCCUUACCCUUUGAAUGCAAACGAACACUAUAUUGGACCCAUUUUCAUUAGUCGACCGCAGCCCCUGAGCGACAAAUUGGCAACCUUUCUCGAUAGCCACAAGAAGGUGGUUUACGUCGCAUUCGGUCAAAUGUAUACCCCUACCCAACAUGAAUUCAACGCCCUCGUUCAAGCGCUAUUGACAAAUUAUCGCCAUGGCAUCAUUGACGGCUUCAUUUGGGCAACCGUGGGUCUGCCCACCAGUAUGUUGGAUAUUUUCCAAUCCAAUCGGACUAUCAAUAGCCUUGGAUUUGCCAACAAUCCAGACUUUUUAUUCGAGCAAUGGGUUCCACAAUAUUCAGUUUUGAAUCACACAUCCACCAAAUUGUUCAUUAGUCAUGCAGGCACUGCCUCCACCCAUGAGGCUGUAUUUAAUGGUGUACCAAUAUUGGCUCAUCCCUUUUCCAGCGACCAGCCCGCCAACGCCAUGCAGCUGGAAAAGGCUGGGGUUGCACUGGUCAAUGACCGCAAAACCUGUACCGCCGAGAGCAUAUCCAGAAAAAUCAAGACUAUCAUGAAAGAUCGAUACAGUGAAUUUGUCACCAAGGCAAAUGAACUUCGAGGACUUGCUUACAUUGCCAGCAGAAGAAAGUCGUUGGCUGCUGAUAUCCUUGAACAACUUGCUUUAUACAGUCGUCAUGGAAAGGCAUGGUUCUAUCAGCAGGAUGAGCCAACAUACUACCUCUUCAUUCCUAGUUGGUACAAAUUGUGUCUCGCCUACAUAGCUAUCAAAGUUGGCAGUUUGGGGGUUCGAACCUUUCGCAAACAGAUAAGCGAGAUGGCUUAUCGAACAUGGACUCAAGGCCGAGACCUUACAUACGGCGAAUCCAAGAAACUGCAGUGA